GGGGCCGUGCGGGUUCCCAUUCGCCCGCGUUCCCGGAGCGCAGGAAGCCGCCGGCCGCUCCCGCCCGCCCCGGCCCCACCAGGAAGCGUUUCCUCCGGCCGGCCCCCGAAGUUUGACCGCGGUGGAAGGAGCGGGGCAGGCUCGGGAAGGACCCGCCGGGCAGGGAGCAGAGCUCGGCUCGGGGGGGAGAUGACGACGCUCACGCACCGCAGCCGCCGCGCCGAGGGCAGGAGCACGGACAGGAAACCCACCGGGGAGGAGGAUGCGGCCGCAGACAGAGACCUGAACGAUGAGGACCCCGACGACUCCAAAGACAUUCGCCUCACGCUCAUGGAGGAGGUGCUGCUCCUGGGGCUGAAGGACAAGGAGGGCUACACCUCCUUCUGGAAUGACUGCAUCUCCUCAGGCCUGCGCGGCGGCAUCCUCAUCGAGCUGGCCUUCCGCGGCCGCAUCCGCCUGGAGCCGCCCUCCAUGAGGAAGAAGAGGCUGCUGGAGAGGAAGGUGCUCCUGAAGUCGGAUGCGCCCACCGGGGACGUUCUGCUGGAUGAGACCCUCCGGCACAUCAAGGCCACGGAGGCUGCAGAAUCGGUGCAGACCUGGAUAGAGCUGCUCACUGGAGAGACCUGGAACCCCUUCAAGCUGCAGUACCAGCUGCGGAACGUGCGCGAGCGCGUGGCCAAGGCGCUGGUGGAGAAGGGCAUCCUCACCACGGAGAAGCAGAACUUCCUGCUCUUCGACAUGACCACGCACCCAGUCAGCAACGGCACCGAGAAGCAGCGCCUGGUGCGGAGGCUGCAGGAGAGCGUGCUGGAGCGGUGGGUGAACGACCCGCACCGCAUGGACCGCAGGACUCUGGCUCUCCUGGUGCUGGCCCACUCCUCGGAUGUGCUGGAGAACGUGUUCGCCAGCCUGGCGGAUGACAAGUACGACGUGGCAAUGAACAGGACCAAAGACCUCCUCGACAUGGACCCUGAGGUGGAAGCUGCCAAAGCCAAGGGCACGGAGAUGGUGUGGGCUGUGCUGGCAGCCUUCAAUAAGUCCUAAAAGAGCCCCAGGACCAUGUGGGGCAGCCUCAGCCCCUUGCCACAAGGUCGGGGGGGGUUCUGGGCACAGAGUUCCUGCAGCAGCGGUGGGCUCCGCUUGGGGAUAACGGGGGGUUUUGCUCUUUCCCCCCCUGCAGGGUACAAGCCCACCUCUGUGGACAGGACACUCGCUCCUCCACCAGCCAGUGCUUCCAGGGGGAGACGGCGGCAGCUCUUUGUGCUCCUCGGUCCAUUGGCUUCCUUCUUGGGGCAGAGCCGAGCCCUGCCUCUGCCUGCGGGAACGGGGCUGCCUGUGCCGCGGCUGCCUCCACGGCUCCCUCUGCCUCUUGCCUUUGAGCUCAUCCCUCCCCGUGGGGCGCAGGCUGGGGGCUGCCCACUGGGGGGGCUGCCCACUGGGGCCGCCCCAGCGCAGAGCCACGGAGGAGCAGCCGUGCAAGAGCCGUGGGGCCGGUCCCGGCCGUGCCACCGUCACGCACCCGCUGUUUCUAGUGGAGGUUGAACUGUGAUUCUCUUUUAUACCCCCCCGCCACCGCCUGUAGCUCCUGUCAAUGUAUUUCUCAGCAGCA